UUGUUAAAGUACGUUCGUAGUUUGUUCGUUUGCAUAUGUUGAAUAUAGAGACGAAGUAUAUAUAAAUAUAUAUAUAUAUAUCAAAUGUUGGCAUUGGUUGAAGACACAUUAUCAUCAUUCAUUGCAAGGUUACUUCAACACACUUAUAACCAUCAGACAAAUUAAAUGUACCGAAGGUAUUUGAAAGAUAGCACAAAGCAACCUACUAAGAUGUUACCUCUAUUAUUUUGGAGUUAAUUUAUACGUCAAUACACAGCGAUGUCAAGUAAACAAUUAAUGGCCGUUGGUGGGACAGCAGGGGUGUCUCUAAUUGCAUGGAGAACCAUGUUCCCGUGGAUAGAAUAUGACUUGCAGACAAUGAAGGCUGGAAAGAAAGUAGCAAAAAGAUAUAACGACGAUAUCAUCAACAAACGUACAAUUAUUGAUAAUUUUGAGGCCACGGUAAAAAAAAUCCCGAAAAAGACUUUUGUGAUUUUAGAUGACAGAUGCUUUUCAUAUGAGUAUGUCAACGACCAGGCAUGCAGAGUAGCUAAUAUAGUAAUACAGUGGAAUUUGAAAAAGGAAGAUUCUGUAUCAAUCUUUGUACAUAACAGUAUAGAAUACAUUUGGACAUUUUUGGGUUUACAGAAACUUGGUGUUAUCACAACGUUAUUAAAUAUAAACAUCCGAGGUGACCCAUUAGUUAAUGCAAUACAGGUGACAGACACAAAAGCAAUCAUUGUUGGUCAAGGUGAUGAUCUGUACAAUGCAAUAAAUGAGUUAAGAGGAAAACUUGAUGUACCAGUUUAUUUUAUGGGAAACUGUGCUGAAGAUGUUCAAUCCUGGGACAUGCUUAUGAUGAAAUCAUCACCAGCAGAUAUAAGUCCUACCAUAAGAAGCCAUAUUAAUAUAUUCACAUCUUGUUGCUAUAUAUUUACUUCCGGUACAACAGGUUUACCAAAGGCGGCAUUGAUAUCACACGGAAAAGCGCUAGCUUACCCUAAGAUAGUGUGGGCAAUAGACCUUAAACCAGAAGAUAUAAUAUACGACGUGUUACCAUUUUAUCAUGCAACAGGUCUCUGUGGAUGGAUAGCUGCCAGUGAAAUAGGCUGCACUGUAGUCAUACGUAAGAAGUUCUCUGCGCACCACUUUUGGGAGGACUGUAGAAAAUAUAAAGUUACACUUGUGCAAUAUAUCGGCGAAUUAUUGAGAUAUCUUAUUGCACUACCUGAGAACCCUUUGGAUGGAAAUCAUAACAUAAAGUAUUUCCUUGGCAAUGGACUGCGACAAGAUAUCUGGACCCCAAUCCAGAAGAGAUUCAAAAUACCGUACAUCAUGGAAUUCUUUGGAGCGAGUGAAGGUACUGCUUUAAUGUACAAUUUGUGUAAUAAACCAGGAGCUGUUGGGAGGAUAUCACCUUUGAUGAACAGAUUAGAUCCUGCACCAAAGUAUCUGUUGAAAUAUGACUUGACUACGGCAACACCAUUACGUAAUAAAUCAGGACGCUGUAUUGAGGUUAGAAUAGGAGAACCUGGGUUACUAAUUUGUGGAAUUCCUCCAACAUGUAAACUUGAAAAUGGUUUAUACAAAGGUAACAUGGAGCUGACAGAGAAAAAGAUUGUACGUAACGUGUUUAAUGAAGGGGAUGCUUACUUCAACUUUGGUGACUCCUUGUAUCUAGAUAAAGAUUACUUCGCUUAUUUUCAUGAUCGAGUUGGAGACACAUUCAGAUGGAAAGGGGAAAAUGUGUCUACUACAGAGGUUGCUAACAUCAUUACAGUCUUGUCUUUCAUCAUAGAUGCUAAUGUAUAUGGUGUCAAAGUUCCAGGUCAUGACGGAAGAGCAGGAAUGGCUUCUCUGGUUUUGAAAGGCAACGAAAAACUGACCAGUGAAAAAUUAAAGGAAAUCUACCAUCACUGUGAACAGAAGCUGCCUAAGUAUGCCAGGCCAAUAGUAUUACGUCACGAAAAGGAAAUGCGGACAACAGGAACAUUCAAACAGCAUAAAGUUACUUUAAUGGGAGAAGGAUUUGAUCCAAAUGUUGUCUCUGAUCCAAUGUUCUAUCUAUCAACAGAAGCAAAAACAUAUGUUCCCCUUAGUCAAACAAGCCAUCUUAAUUUCUUGCAGUCAAAGCUUUAAAAUAAUAGAUAAUGAUGAAAAAAAAUGAGAAUCGACCUCGUUAUAUUAUUUUGCAUUUUAAAAAUAGUCUUUUAUGGUGUACUGCAGAAUAAAUCACAAUACUAUUAUUUGAAAACAAAUCCGUAUAACCAAUAUAAAUGCGUCUAAGAACCGCAAUUUUGGGGAGAGCUUUCCGAUAACACUGAAGAUCGAUAUUUCAUUAAUUGGUAGAUAAUGUAUACACACAUGUAAUUAAUAGUUUUUUAUAAGAAUAAUAAGAAUUAUGGUUAAACCUCCACCACAAUUAUGUUGUCGUCGCAGAUAAAGCCCCAAACAACAUCGUGUUUGUCACAGUGUGUAAUCACAUUACAUAAACUGCUUGAUAAAUGAAUUUGUUAUCGACUAAUUCUGAAUUGCUGAAUUUGCUAAGAAUUGCUCAUAGAUUGAGUUCAAACCAUGCAAACAAUUUAAGCAUAGAACUUCUAAGAUAAUUAGAAUAACAAUUAUUUAACAUCUAAAAUAUCUGAAAAAUAGUAGAGAUAAGACACUAUAAAUUAUUUUUCUGUGAAUUAAAUAGAAGAAUAAUCUAUUAUUAUCCAAUGGAAAUGUUGAGAUAGAAAAGUGUAGUUCUGACAAAAGUGCCAAAAGUGGACAUUAUAACUCUAUAAAAAAUUAAAAACAACACAUUAUAUAAAUUCGAGGUGUCCGAAGCGCUUUUAUGGAUCUACCUUCAUCAGGAAGCUCAAAGCCAAAUAUUUUAAAGCCAAGGAUUUAUAAGAACCGAAACAAUUGAAGAGCUUUAUGACCGACAAUAACCUAAUGAAAUAGCAAAAUCCAUCAAAGGCCAACUUCGCAUGAGGGAGUUGAAAUCUUAGUUUCUUUAUAAUAUUAAAAUUUAUAAACGGACACUUU